GUUUAUUUUAAAGUUGACCAUAUAAGAGACUACACUAAAUGUCCAAAUGGAAUUAUAUGGUAUUUGUGAUUUUCCUCUCUGUGCCGGGGAAUAUGGAAAGCAGUUUCGAUCGGCUACGUUUCGGGGAGUCAUACACACCAUUUCAUUUUCCCUAUGUUCCCGAUAGCUAUCCCACAACUCCGGCUCCUGUCCCUCCACCAAAACAACGUCCGCCACCACCACCUCCACCUCCACCACCUCCACCUCCACCACCUCCAACUACAACACGUCCACCACCUACAACACCCACACCAACUACAACAACUACACCAAUUAGGUCACCUCCACCGCCUCCACCCUCUGUUCCACCACCUCCUGGUCCAGCGCCUGGAGUAUGGUAUCCGCUCCCCAUAUAUGGGAACCCACCACAAUUUGGAGAUCCGCCUGGAACGAACUUGCCAUCCAAUUCACAGACCAAUUCAGGAUUCCUCCCUCUCCCAGCGAUCUGCAAUCCGCCUUAUGAGACACAGAAUCAAAUUGGACAUCCACCAGAAUCACAGACGCCACCCAAUUCAGGAUUCGUUCCUCUCCCAGCGAUCUGGAAUCCGCCUUAUGAACCACCGAAUGAAGAUAGACAUCCUCCUGAAACACAGACGCCUCCUAAUUCAGGAAUCGUCCCUCCCCCAUCGAUCUGGAAUCCGCCUUAUGAACCACCGAAUCAAGAUGGACAUCCACCUGAAUCACAGACGCCCUCCAAUUCAGGAUUCGUCCCUCUCCCAGCGAUCUGCAAUGCACCGAAUCAAAUUGGACAUCCACCUGGAUCACAGAAGCCUCCUAAUUCAGAAAUAUACCCGCCAUCCACGGGCUGGAUUCCGCCAUCUGGGCCAAUAAAUCAAGGUGGACAUCCACCAGGGUCACUGUCGCCUCCUAAUUCUCGAUUCCCACCGGGAUCUAUUCCGCCUCUUGGAUCACCGAAUCAAAUUGGAUAUCCACCAGGAUCACAGAAGCCUCCUAGUUCCGGUAUAUACCCACCAUCAACGGACUGGACUUUGCCGUCUGGGCUACCAAAUCAAUGUGGAAAUCCACCAGGAUCAAUGGUGCCUCCAAUUUCUGUAUUGCCACCGGGCUCUAUGCCGCCUCUUGGAUCACCGAAUCAAAUUGGACAUCCACCUGGAUCACAGAUGCCUCCUAAUUCAGAAAUAUACCCGCCAUCCACGGGCUGGAUUCCGCCAUCUGGGCCAAUAAAUCAAGGUGGACAUCCACCAGGGUCACUGUCGCCUCCUAAUUCUCGAUUCCCACCGGGAUCUAUUCCGCCUCUUGGAUCACCGAAUCAAAUUGGAUAUCCACCAGGAUCACAGAAGCCUCCUAGUUCCGGUAUAUACCCACCAUCAACGGACUGGACUUUGCCAUCUGGGCUACCAAAUCAAUGUGGAAAUCCACCAGGAUCAAUGGUGCCUCCAACUUCUGUAUUGCCACCGGGCUCUAUGCCGCCUCUUGGAUCACCGAAUCAAAUUGGAUAUCCACCAGAAUCACAGAAGCCUCCUAAUUCCGGUAUAUAUCCCCCAUCAACGGGCUGGGCUUUGCCAUCUGGGCUACCAAAUCAAGGUGGAAAUCCACCAGGAUCAAUGGUGCCUCCAAUUUCUGUAUUGCCACCGGGCUCUAUUCCGCCUCUUCGACCACCAAUUCAAGGUGGACAUCCAAUAGGAUCACAGAAGCCUCCUAAUUCCGGUAUAUACCCCCCAUCCACGGGCUGGACUUGGCCAUCUGGGCUACCAAAUCAAGGUGGAAAUCCACCAGGAUCAAUGGUGCCUCCAAUUUCUGUAUUGCCACCGGGCUCUAUUCCGCCUCUUCGACCACCAAUUCAAGGUGGACAUCCGCCAGGAUCACAGAAGCCUCCUAAUUCCGGUAUAUACCCCCCAUCCACGGGCUGGACUUUGCCAUCUGGGCUACCAAAUCAUGGUGGAAAUCCACCAGGCUCAAUGGUGCCUCCGAUUUCUGUAUUGCCACCGGGCUCUAUUCCGCCUCUUCGACCACCAAUUCAAGGUGGACAUCCGCCAGGAUCACAGAAGCCUCCUAAUUCCGGUAUAUACCCCCCAUCCACGGGCUGGACUUUGCCAUCUGGGCUACCAAAUCAAGGUGGAAAUCCACCAGGCUCAAUGGUGCCUCCAAUUUCUGUAUUGCCACCGGGCUCUAUUCCGCCUCUUCGACCACCAAUUCAACGUGGACAUCCACCAGGAUCACAGAAGCCUCCUAAUUUUAAUAUAUACCCCCCAUCCGCGGGAUGGACUUUGCCAUCUGGGCUACCAAAUCAAGGUGGAAAUCCACAAGGCUCAAUGGUGCCUCCAAUUUCUGUAUUGCCACCGGGCUCUAUUCCGCCUCUUCGACCACCAAUUCAAGGUGGACAUCCACCAGAAUCACAGAAGCCUCCUAAUUCCGGUAUAUACCCCCCAUCCACGGGCUGGACUUUGCCAUCUGGGCUACCAAAUCAAGGUGGAAAUCCACCAGGCUCAAUGGUGCCUCCAAUUUCUGUAUUGCCACCGGGAUCUAUGCCGCCUCUUGGAUCACCGAAUCAAAUAGGAUAUCCACCAGGGUCACAGAAGCCUCCUAAUUCCGGUAUAUACCCCCCAUCCACGGGCUGGACUUUGCCAUCUGGGCUACCAAAUCAAGGUGGAAAUCCACCAGGCUCAAUGGUGCCUCCAAUUUCUGUAUUGCCACCGGGCUCUAUUCCGCCUCUUCGACCACCAAUUCAAGGUGGACAUCCGCCAGGAUCACAGAAGCCUCCUAAUUCCGGUAUAUACCCCCCAUCCACGGGCUGGACUUUGCCAUCUGGGCCACCAAAUCAAGGUGGAAAUCCACCAGGCUCAAUGGUGCCUCCAAUUUCUGUAUUGCCACCGGGAUCUAUGCCGCCUCUUGGAUCACCGAAUCAAAUAGGAUAUCCACCAGGGUCACAGAAGCCUCCUAAUUCCGGUAUAUACCCCCCAUCCACGGGCUGGACUUUGCCAUCUGGGCUACCAAAUCAAGGUGGAAAUCCACCAGGAUCAAUGGUGCCUCCAAUUUCUGUAUUGCCACCGGGAUCUAUUCCGCCUCUUCGACCACCAAAUCAGGGUAGACAUCCACCAGAAUCACAGAAGCCUCCUAAUUCAGGAAUAUACCCACCAUCACCGGGCGGGAUUUCGCCAUCUGGGCCACCAAAUCAAGGUGGAAAUCCACCAGGCUCAAUGGUGCCUCCAAUUUCUGUAUUGCCACCGGGAUCUAUGCCGCCUCUUGGAUCACCGAAUCAAAUAGGAUAUCCACCAGGGCCACAGAAGCCUCCUAAUUCCGGUAUAUACCCCCCAUCCACGGGAUGGACUUUGCCAUCUGGGCUACCAAAUCAAGGUGGAAGUCCACCAGGAUCAAUGGUGCCUCCGAUUUCUGUAUUGCCACCGGGAUCUAUUCCGCCUCUUCCACCACCAAAUCAGGGUAGACAUCCACCAGAAUCACAGAAGCCUCCUAAUUCAGGAAUAUACCCACCAUCACCGGGCGGGAUUUCGCCAUCUGGGCCACCAAAUCAAGGUGGAAAUACAGCAGGAUCACAGGUGCCUCCUGGUUCUGUAUUGCCACCGGGAUCUAUUCCGGUCCUUGGAUCACCGAAUCAAAUUGGCCGUCCAACAGGAUCACAGAUGGAUGCUAGUUCCAAUCUUCGUCCUCCACAACCUUCUGAGCCACAAAAGCCUAUCAAUGUGCCCAACCAGCCAGAUAAAAAUCCACCUGGGGGAGGCAACUUUAAUGUAAAUGACAUAAGCGUCGACCGGGCCAAUUAAAAAUUGUGCAACAAAAUUGAAAAAAUUACCUUUUACUUUUUCAAUUGAUGAACUAAUAAACAAGCGAUGCUCGUAAAAAUGAA